UGGUUGUGAAAUCUGAUAACAACACUGUGACAGAAGGAACCGAUAUAUGGUGUAGAAAUUGUGGGUCUGGUUUAUUAUAGCGACCGCACUGUUUAAUUCCGCUUUCAUUCUUAUUUUCUUCGUAGCCUAGUGGCUCGUUGUGGACUGAUUUUGGAAGCUUCGUUUUGGACUGCGCUGGACGUCUCACGAUUAUUCGGACCGGCAUUAAACUGGACAGGAACGUUCCUUGAAGGAAUCGUAUUGCUUUUGGGUUCCUGUUGGGGCCGGGGAAUGGAGAUAAACUACGGUCUUUGCAACUAAGUAACGAAUGGUGGGAAUUUCUGUCCAUAUUCAGUAUUGUACUGAGAAGCACUCCCAUCAUGCCAGACUCACCUGCAGAUGUGAAAACACAAUCUAGGUUGACUCCACCCACUAUGCCACCACCACCUCCCAAGCAGACAGCCCCCAGGACCAGCUCCUUCUCCCCAACCACAUUAACAGUAACCAAUGGCAACAGCCACUCUCCCAUUGCAUCGAACAGAGCCUCCUCUCCGCCCAGCAGUUUCAGUAACGGACCUUCCUCCUCUUCCUCGUCCUCUUCCUCCUCUUCCUCGCUGGGGAAUCCGCAGCUCCCUCCGGUGUGUGGUGCGCGCCAGCUCAGCAAACUGAAGCGCUUCCUCACCACACUGCAGCAGUUCGGGGGGGACAUCUCCCCGGAGAUCGGAGAGAGGGUGCGAACGCUGGUGUUGGGCCUGGUGAAUUCAGCCUUAACCAUAGAAGAAUUUCAUUCUAAACUGCAAGAGGCAACAAACUUCCCACUGCGACCUUUCGUCAUCCCAUUUCUGAAGGCCAACCUGCCACUACUGCAACGGGAGCUGCUGCACUGUGCGCGAACAGCCAAGCAGAACCCUGCCCAGUACCUGGUGCAGUAUGAGCAGCUGCUCCUUGACACCAGCAACACCUCGCCUGUGGACUCCUCUGAACUGUUGCUAGAUGCUAAUGAGAACAGCAAAAGGAAGACACCAGACAGAGCCAAAGAGAAUGACUUUGACAGGGAGCCCUCGAACUUGGAUCCUCCCAGCAAGAGGCCCUGCACAGUGAGCCCCGGCCUGCGCUUCAGCCCCAAUGGUGGUCCAUCGUACCAGCCCAACGGCCUGCCGCACCCUGCUCCACCCCCCCCUCAGCACUACCGCCUGGAGGACGUGGGCAUCGCUCGCCUCCAAAGGCACUCUGCCCACCGGGAGCUCAGAGACCGCCCCAGGCCGCUGGUGAUGCAUGGAGCAGGUCAGGAGGGGGUCAUCGAUCACAGGCUCACUGACAGGGAAUGGGCAGAGGAGUGGAAACACCUUGACCAUGUAAGAAAACUGCUAAACUGCAUCAUGGACAUGGUGGAGAAGACACGCCACUCUCUCAUGGUGCUUCGCCGGUGCCAGGAGGCUGACCGCGAGGAGCUUAGCUACUGGAUCCGCCGCUGCAGCGACGCCGAGGACAUGAAGAAGGGCUCCGCCAACAAGAGCGCCCCCUCCAGACAGCAGAGUCCCAUCAGCCAGGAUGCCUCCACACCAGAAAUUCACAGAGAAUUUCUUCACCGAACAGGGCUGGGGUACGUGCCAGAGGAGAUCUGGAAAAAAGCUGAGGAGGCUGUGAACGAGGUGAAGAGGCAGGCGAUGUCAGAGCUGCAGAAGGCAGUGUCAGAGGCGGAGCGUAAGGCCCAUGAGAUGAUCAGCACAGAGCGAGCCAAGAUGGAGAGCACUGUGGCGGAGGCCAAGCGGCGAGCAGCCGAAGAGGCACUCUCCAUCAUUAACCAACAGGAGGACUCCAGUGAGAGCUGCUGGAACUGCGGCCGCAAGGCCAGUGAGACCUGCAGUGGCUGCAAUGCAGCGCGGUACUGUGGCUCCUUCUGCCAGCACAAGGACUGGGAGAAACACCACCAUGUGUGUGGGCAGAUGCUGCAGGGCCAGGGCCAGCCGCAGGGCGACACACCCACUACCACCAGCUCGGCGGCCACACUCCACAGCGACAUGGCCAGCCCCCCGGAUACACCACCCACUGUCACACCCUGCUCUGUGACGCCCCGCUCCAUAACGCCCUGCUCCGUAACACCGGGCACACCCUCUGCCACUGACACAACACCCCGUGGGUGAAACCCACCCGCAAAACAGGUCACUUUCUUAAAGAUAAUUA